AUGCGAGUGCUCACCGCUUACCGUAGCGCGCGCGUGUGUGUGAGUGCCUGGACUGGCGGUGGUUGCGCGGUGCCAGGGCGUGCAGCGCGCGCGCUGCGCCCGUGGGCGCUGGCGCGCGCGCGGCGUACGCCGCAUGGGCGUGGGCGACUGGGCGUGUGUAGGCGGCGGCGGUUUGCGCCGCUUCUGUGUGCUGCGCGAGGCGUCGUUGCUGCUUGUGGCGGUGACGGAGGGCCGGGGCGGUCGGCGGCGCGGCGCGCGGGCGCGCGGCGGCGGCGGCGGGCGCUCGGCGGCGCGCGCUUGGCGCUGGGGGCGGCGCGCGAAGCCACCGCCCUCGCCCGCACCGCCCUCGCCGCCCCGCGUGCCGCGCUCCUGGAGAUCCACUCCGCCUGCGGACAGCCGCUCAGCGAGCUGCAGGCGGCGACGCUGUGCGGGCGGCGCGCGCUGGCGUGGUCGGCGCCGGUGACGGCUGACACUCUACGCAAGGCGCGGGCCGGUAUGGGCAUGGGUUCUGGCGCGGGCGCCUUUCUCGGCGACGAGCUUGCUGUUACGUGCCGUAACGUGUCCAUAUCUACUGCAGAAUGUGAUUUUAUUUUGCAACACGUAACCGCGUGCUACAAUGUUGCUGGAAUGCUGCAUAUUGUCGUUUGA